GCUGCUUGUUUGUUAAGGCCACACUUUGUCAAGACCAAAAUGUGUCCCUAUGUUCAGCGAGGUUUUGUUUGUUCCAGAGGUUCUCGUUGUCUCUUUGCACACAGCAGAGAAGACCUGAGACCUCUGCCUGAUCUUCGGCAGACGCGGAUGUGCCCCCAGAAGAAGCAAAAUGGAGAAUGCACAGAUCCGACCUGUCCCUACGCUCACGCGGUUGAGGAGCUGAAGCACACUCUGCCUCUCUAUAAAACGAAUCUUUGCCAUGGCUGGAAGAAAGGCCGGUGCUCUGCGGGGGAUGGAUGCAGGCACGCACACGGCAUCGAGGAGUUGCGACAGCACAGAAACUACAGGCGCAGACACAGAGGCCCCGGUGAGGAUGUUCACGGGUCAGUGGUGGACCCACUAGCCGUGUCUCCCGAGACAGCGAAGGUAUCUGCUGCUCCCUUAGCGCGCAGUCGCCGGCUCAGUUUUUCUCCUGCUUGGUGCUCAGCUCCUUUCCCUCUGCAAAGACAGAAAGCCCCUGUCGAAUACCCCCAGCCUCUGGCCACGCCUGGCGCAGAGCCUCAGGGUGAGGGAUCUCAAGGCCAUGCCCAGUCAUUCGCAGCUGCAAGCGCCGCUGCUGCACAGGCAAGAGAUCCUCCAGGAGGCUUACGAGGGAGCAGACGGAGACUCGUGCCCCCCAAUUUACACAGGCCUUUCCUGCAACAGCACCUGCAGCACUCUCAGCACAGUGACGCGUCGAGUUACACUCUGCACCCGCUUGACGCAACAUGCUUGCUGCGCUUGUUUUUUACUCAGCGUGAAGUCGCGACGCCUACAAUGAGCCCCCUAGGGAGGGCAAGCGGCAGCACUAGCGAGAGCCGUAGUAUCAGCAAAGUCAAUGCCAGGCUUGCCUGCUCACAGCAGCCUCGGGAAACGGGAGGAGGACAGGUCUCCUCUUCGUUGCUUUCAUACCACCAGCAGAGCCAUUUGCAGCACCAACGGCCGUCACGAGAGCUGCAUUACCCCCUUGAGGAAUAUGGACUUCACGAGACUGAGAUGUUUUCGGGUAAUUCGGAAGGCGUUGAGUACUGCGGCCGCCCCUUUCUCUCUGCUGCGCCUCCGUCUCACUUCUUGCUGCCAACCUCGGACCAACCAUGCAUGCAAGACACAAUGAAGCAUUCCUCGGAAAGAUCAGUCGCACAGCUUCCAGACGGCCUGCGAGAGAUGCAAAAUUGGGCUCUCAUUCCUCCAGAAUUUCUAGGGGAAAAUCCAGAUAGGUGUUUCCAGCACCAUGAGCAAAAGCCACCGCACCAACAGCUCAUGCCGCAAGACCCCACACCCCAGCAGCAAGCAGGAGCAUCAACAACAGCAAAACGAAAGCCAGCUCGCAGUCCGCAAUUCUCAGAUGCGGCGAAUGCAUACGCUCAACGCACCGCAGUGGCUCCCGGUAAUCAGAAAUCACAGACAAGGUCAUACAGCGAAACCAACGACAACAACAGUAGCGGCAGUCACUUGAAAGGCACAUUGCCAUCUGAAGCUUUUACAGAACUCGCUGAUGUGCCUCACCCCAAGCAACAACAUGCAGAGUGCCAGACGCCGGAGUCUCUGGUGGUCGCUGGAAUAAAAGUAGGUAUACUCAUCAAGAGUGCUUCUGCUUGUUGUACACUUGCCACUGCCGCUAAUGCUUCUAAAGCUCCCCUGUCGUCACUCAAUGGUGGCGGCGAGAAACACUGGCAAUAA